UGCCUCAGCUCUGUUCUUUUGCACUAGAAUAUAACUUGUGUUCAAAGAGACUGAAGAAAGAAAAAGAACAUUCCUCCCCUUUAUGCUGUAAUAAAUGUGUUUAGUGUGGUUUUGAUAUGAAUAAUCUUUUUUAGUUUAUAGAUUGGAGGAUUUUGUUUGAAGUAUUCGAAACUAAAAGCUGCUGGGAAAAAUAUUUUACUAGAAUACAGAGUAGAUAUCUGUCCCUGCCGUUUGUUAAUUGAUCCUGCUUGUUUAACUGGGGAAUUAAAAAUGCAUGUCUACCGAAGAGAAAUCUGUGGGCAUAAACUCCUCCCUUCCUGUUUUCAAACACACAUAUUUCAUAUGUUGUUUAUCUUAUUUAAAUAUACAGUAGACAAGAGAAUGCAACUGCUGUUCCUUUAAUACCAGCACUACGCACGUUACAAUAGGUGUCACUGUUUUGCUUGGUCCAAUCAUGAUUGGUGACUUCAGCUAUUGGCUCCGAGCACUGGCUGUCUGACUCCAUCUGCAGGGCUGUAAUACCUACUCUCCUCCGAUCAUUCACCACAACUUCAGCCGGCUGAACAGACUCGCGCAGCCCCAGCACAUCUUGCUAACCUAAUUCAGAAAACAAGUGCUACAGCUCUGUGCCUGUCGUCUUCACAGUGUAGCGUUUUCAGGUGAUCUAGAAAACGGUUAUUUUUAUGAGCAAAUAAGAGAAACAGGAAUCAUGAUGGGGAUGUAUUUAACAGACCCAGUACUGGAUAAAACUUAAAGCCAGUUUCUAUUCAACAUAGUGAAAAGGUCACCUUGCCUGACUGAGAAAAAGAAGCAAAAUAUCAGCUUACUGGUUUCUGUUAACCUCUUAGCUGGGGCUGGCUUCUUUUCCUUGAUGUUCAAACCAAUUUGGGAUAUCUAACUAUAAAGAGAGACAUACUGUACUCAUGGUAGAUGACAAGGAAAAGAACAUGAAAUGUCUCACCUUCUUCUUGAUGCUUCCAGAGACGGUAAAGAACAGGUCCAAGAAAAGCUCGAAGAAAGCAAGUACCAGCAGCAGCAGCAGCAACAGCAGUAGCAGCAGCAAGUUGCCCCCGGUUUGUUAUGAAAUAAUUACCUUGAAGACUAAAAAGAAGAAGAAGAUGGCUGCUGAUAUAUUCCCCCGUAAAAAGCCAGCCAACUCCAGCAGCACCAGUGUCCAGCAGUACCACCAGCAGAAUCUCAGUAACAACAACCUCAUCCCUGCCCCGAACUGGCAGGGUCUUUAUCCCACCAUUAGAGAAAGAAAUGCGGUGAUGUUCAAUAAUGAUUUGAUGGCAGAUGUACAUUUUGUGGUUGGGCCACCAGGUGGGACUCAGCGGUUGCCAGGACACAAAUAUGUCUUAGCAGUUGGGAGCUCUGUGUUCCAUGCGAUGUUUUACGGAGAACUUGCUGAGGACAAAGAUGAAAUCCGUAUACCAGAUGUCGAACCUGCUGCUUUUCUCGCUAUGCUGAAAUAUAUCUAUUGUGAUGAAAUUGACUUGGCUGCUGACACAGUGCUGGCCACACUUUAUGCUGCCAAAAAGUACAUUGUCCCUCACCUUGCCAGAGCCUGUGUUAAUUUCCUGGAGACCAGCCUGAGCGCCAAGAACGCCUGUGUGCUCCUCUCUCAGAGCUGCCUCUUCGAGGAGCCCGACCUGACCCAGCGGUGCUGGGAGGUGAUCGAUGCCCAGGCUGAGUUAGCUCUCAAGUCUGAGGGAUUCUGUGAUAUUGACUUCCAGACACUCGAAAGCAUCCUCCGUAGGGAAACUCUGAAUGCCAAAGAAAUUGUGGUUUUUGAGGCGGCUCUCAACUGGGCUGAAGUAGAAUGCCAGCGACAAGAUCUAGCAUUGAGCAUUGAAAAUAAACGCAAAGUUUUGGGAAAGGCACUUUACUUGAUCCGCAUACCCACAAUGGCCCUUGAUGAUUUUGCAAAUGGUGCUGCCCAGUCUGGGGUAUUAACUCUCAAUGAGACCAACGACAUCUUCCUGUGGUACACUGCAGCCAAAAAGCCCGAGCUGCAGUUUGUGAGUAAAGCCCGUAAGGGCCUUGUCCCACAGCGCUGUCACCGCUUCCAGUCGUGUGCCUACCGGAGCAACCAGUGGCGCUAUCGGGGUCGCUGUGACAGCAUCCAGUUUGCAGUUGACAAAAGAGUGUUCAUUGCUGGCUUUGGGCUAUAUGGUUCCAGCUGUGGCUCUGCAGAGUACAGUGCCAAGAUUGAACUCAAGCGGCAAGGCGUUGUCCUGGGGCAGAACUUGAGCAAGUAUUUCUCAGAUGGCUCCAGCAAUACCUUCCCAGUGUGGUUUGAGUACCCUGUGCAGAUCGAGCCAGACACCUUCUACACAGCCAGCGUGAUACUGGAUGGCAAUGAACUCAGCUACUUUGGACAAGAAGGCAUGACGGAAGUUCAGUGUGGCAAAGUGACAGUCCAGUUUCAGUGUUCCUCAGAUAGCACCAAUGGCACUGGGGUACAGGGAGGUCAGAUCCCUGAACUUAUAUUCUAUGCUUGAAAACUCACUUCCUGCAGCAGUGUGAGCUCUGAGGUGCACAUCUGCUCCCGACUCGCUUGAUGCUUAGCUCAUCUGCAGAUCUGUGAGCAGCACAGGUAAUUUGUCAUGAAUGAAGCAGUAGGCAGUUCUCAUUUCUUUUAACCUUUUAAUUAUGUACAGGCAAAAAUGCAGCAUUUCGCUUUUAACUGUAUGCUUAAAGGAGCUAAGUUCUUCUUACUUCUUAAGACUUCGUGGUCUUUAGAGUUGCAAUUAUAUACCUUGGGAGAUUGUGUGCUCUUCCAAGUGCUGCACCCACCUCCCAGUUUUAUUCCUCUGAAGAUAAUUUUGGAUCACCUUGAAUUUCCUUUUGGGCUUUAUUUGGUGAAUAGAAGUAAAUAGUCUAAAUUGAUAAUAAGAGUUAUUUUUAAACAGAACCCCUCUCCCCCCCCUCGAAACAGACAAACCUCAGUGUACAAUUUGAAAGAAGUUUUGCCUUGUAAUGAGUAAUAAUGUAGAAAGUAGACAGUAGUCAUAUUUGGCUCUUAUUUUAGUUCUUUUAAAUUUGUUCUGGGAUUUUUUUUAAAUCCAAAAUUUAUAAGAUUUUCACAUAUUAAACACUAAAGUAUUAAUAGGAAAAUAAGAAAUUGGAUGUUUAUUUAGGCCAUGACUUCUACUACAAGCAAAUUUUUAUUCUUUUAGUUUAGAACACAAAACAUUGCAAUAUGGACACUUCUUUUAGAAGUAACUAAAUUAUAAAAUUUUAUUGUCAAUAAAAAAAGAGUUGCAGUCUUACUAAUUUAAAUGUGUUAAAAAGGAAGGCUAAAAAAGACCUGUACUACAAAUAAUUGAUGGCACAUUAGAAUACACUGUUUGAAAAAGCCAAACUCUUUUUUCUCCACUUAGCUUUUGAUCCCCACUCUUUGCUUCUUUUUGUAAGUUGUACUGUAUAGAACUCCUAUAUUUUUUCCCAUUAAAAGAGGACCAAACAAUUCUUUAUAUAAAUGGAGUAACAAUUAGUUUUGUAGCACUACAUGUUAAUGUGAUAAGAUACUUUUGUUCAUUUUUUUUUUUUUAACUCUGAAAUAUACUUUCUCUGUUCUACUUUGAUCAUAUACUCUACUCUUGUUAAUUAUAAUUCUGUCUGUUCCUGGACUGCUAGAAUCUGGCCUCUGGCCAUCUUAAAGUGCCAACAUAUGCCUGCAGGGUUUUAAAAAAAUGAUCUGGAACGACACAUUUGAUUAUACCUAAUAUUAGCUGCGUCAGCAUUACAUCCAGCUCUCUUAUUUGUGCACGGAUAAUGUAAACAAAGGAGGGAAAAGCUCAUUAAAAAAAUUCUCCUCAGUGAUGGCUUGUGUUGGUUUAGUGCCUGUGUCCCUGGCAGUGUCCCGUGUGUUCACUUCCAGUUGAAGCAUCCAUGUGUUUCUGGGCAGCUUUUCUGCUCAGUGUGAUCCUGAGAUGGCUUCCCCCCGCCACCCAGAGUGUGGUCCCUGGCCGCCUCCUUCUCCUGCUCCGCAAGCCGAACACUGGCUUGGCUGGAGCCGGGGCUAGUCCCAGGGUGUGUGUGUGCCUGCGUACCCGUGCGCAUGCAAGUGUGUUUGCCGACUCAGGAGUUGUCUCCUCCCUGCCUGGCUAGUGAGGGUGGGACAGUAAUGGUCCUCCUGCUGGCCCCAGCAGGGCCCAGUGAGUGACUGCCCUUACUUAUUCACUGCUUCUGGGCCACUUCUUCCCCUGUAGGUGUGGGCUUGUGGCCUUUGGCAGGCUUCCCUGAGGGAGGAGAACACUGGAUUAUGGGAAAUGUUUUAAUCACUUUUGCCUUUACUACGUCUGUUAGUAUAAAUGAUCAAAAACCUGUUUCUGUGAUUAUAAAUGAGUUCUUCCAGGGCAACUUUUCAAAGUUAUCUAAAAGUUAUUUCUCAUUAGAGAGAUUACAGAUUGUAGUUUUGGCAAAACGUUGAUGGCAUAAAGAUACAUUUUCAAUUAGAAAACAUAUUUCUACAAAGGAUUUUGUUUUUAAGUUGUGGUUAAACAUUUCAGUAACUCAUAGCUACCAUACAAAUUGGUAGACCUGAUUAAAAGGCACUCCUGUUUAAGCCAAAGGAGAAGAAACUUUAGCACUAAUUUCAUCCUAUGGGAUUGUCGAGGUGGCUGUGAUGGCCUUAGAUAAGUGGAGACAGUUCACUAGCACUCACUAUCAGUACUGCUGUUAACUAGCUGCUUCCGUGCAACGAGGGAACUGCUGGUGAAGGCCAUGAGAGCUCCUGUACACUGAGAAUAGAAGGACGUAAUUUUAUGUUAAUUACUAUUACUUAAAAAGAAAUGUCACAUGUACCAUCCGAUUGGCCAGUGCUGAGAGCUGUGGGUACAAUUGGAAAAUUGUAUUUAGAAUUAGAAAUUUUGCAUUUUAAACCCUGUUUUCCCUUCUGCAUUUUCAGUGAAAUGGAAUGAAGGCUAAUGUGCUUGCUUUAUUUUCUUUUGUAAUCUUGCAUUCUGUAGCUUUUAAAACUAGAAACCAUUGUUCUAGCCAGGCAGGCAACUCUUGUGUGUAAACACAACUUGGUUAAACCAUACGCUGUAGAUGCUUCUCCCAAUGUAUCUGGCAGUCUUUGUCAUUGUUCAUGCUGGGGAUGAAGGGGAAACUAGGCUAGCAGUUCUAAUGUAACAUUCUUUGAGCAUAUCUUAAAAUAGUAUUUAAGUAAAUGGUCUAAUUUCUACAUAAUUAUUGCACUGAACUGUCUUAUUUGUUUUUUAGGUGUUUAAAUAAGCUUAGCUAAUUCAAGACACUGUAGCCACUUAUGCAUCAGUGUGCUUGGGUUUAGUAGCUUACAACAUUAUUUAUGAAGGAAAAAUAUAUAAAUAUGAAGUACCUCAUGUUGAAUGUUAUUGUACUGUAUUUUUAAUGGAACAGUGCAGAUCUUGUUAGACACAUGAAUGUGUAUAAUCAUGUUAAAUGCAAAUAAAAUAAAACUAGUUCAUAGA